AUGAGAACUACUCCAUCAUCAUCAUCAUCAAACAACUCAACAACUUUGACAGAUUCAGCAAAUGAUUUGAGAAACUUCCAUUCUCCAACUCCUUACUUGUUCGGUGGGUUAGCACUCAUGCUGCUACUCAUAGCGGUAUCGCUACUCAUCCUAGCUUGUUCUUUCAAAAAGAAAUAUUCUUCUUCUUCUAAUAAUUCUUCACCUUCUGGUAGCGUUGAAGAAAAUAAUAAUAAUAAAUCAACAAAAAUAGUGAUGGAUUUAGAGCCUAAAAUUGUUGUGAUUAUGGCCGGUGAGACUAACCCUACUUAUUUGGCUCAACCGGUUAUUUCAUCAGUAGUUACAACCACAGUCACAGCUGCAACUACUGCAAGUUACUCGGAAAACCAAACUCCUUUAAACUAA